AUGGAUGUCACAAUCGCCAAUACCCUCUCCUCUACUGACAGCUUUAGCUCUUCCAAAGAAAGGAAGAAAAAUGGUGGAUGGGCACAGGCUCCUAUUUUUCUCCGGGCAAAGCCCAGCAAAGCUCUCCAGCAUGCAGUCGCCAAGAUCGACUUUGAGGAAGACAUGGCCGGGAUGUCUACCACACCUAUUAAGAGUCCCUUCUUGCCGCCACCUAUCCCAGGCUUGCAGGCCACACUGAAUGGCUCGCAGAGUCCGGGAGUGGUAACUACUCUUUUGUCAUCUUCCCGUGAAAAUCUGCAAGGUUCUGGAAGCAGGAAAUCUAUUUCGACAAAGAGAACAUCGAAAGAACUGUUGACAUAUAUCACCCGACAGCCAAUCAAGCGCAAAGUUGUUUCUGCCCGGCCCGAAGAGCUUGAAAGUGAGGAAGAGCUCGACACUGACAUGGAGAUGGAUGUGACCGUUGUCCAGCAGACUUCUGGCCACACAGACGAAGAAACUGAAGUUGCGUCUCAUGGUGAACGAAAAGCGGACUCCAGCAGCCCGCCACGAGCACUUUCUCCUAUAUCUGACUUAACUACGCCUCCGCCUUCGGAUGAGGAAGACGCUUAUCUCUUAGCCACCUCCAACAGCACGUACGCCUCCACUCUUAAACAGAAGGCGACACUGUCAGCUACAUUCAAGUCGAGACUGGCAGCUUUCACCGAGAUUCCACUCGCCGACCUCGUAUCUGCUGAAGCACCAUGGACUCACCCACUCAUGACGUCCUGGGAACUUGAAAAGCCGUUGCCAAGUACGAAAGGGUAUCUAAUAAUCACAAAAUCGCAGUCCAGUCCUGCCACGCAUUCGAACGCAGAUAGUACCGGAGGGGGAUCCACUAAAGCCAAGACCAGCCCAUGGGAGACUCACGAGGAACCUAAACCACCGAAGUCGAAAUCAGCCAAGGCGAAGUCGAAGGCGCCUGCUCCUUCCGAAGUUGGGCACGCCACGCCUGUAGUCCUUCGAAUGUGCGGCUAUCCGAAUCCGAGCAAUCCAUUCGAGACGUGCGCUAGCUUCAGUGGCGGCGAGGUUGAAUCCAGGCGCCAUCGCAUGAAGCACCUAUACAUGGAGUGGCUGCGCCAGAAACUUGGACAGAAUGACAACAUGGUCUUCGCUAGGUUUGACGCUACUUUUGGCCAGUGUGAAAGGUGUGGCAAAAUCUUCACUCGCGGCUUUGCGUACGGUCGACAUAUGCGAGAACGGACUAACUGCGGCCAACUCACACCUGCCGAGUUCACGGAUCCAAAUCUCCAACAUAUGCGAUUCAUGACAGAGCUCAGAAAGGCGGAAAAGUGGGAGCAUUUCACGCCAACGCCAGUGCCACGUCCUAUGGAUGCGCUCGUACUCAAAUCAAGGGCGAACAACAAGGUGGCCGAGAUCGUCAAGGUGAUAGAUUCCUACGACGAUCGCUACGAUAUUGUCGCCUGCAAGAAUGGGACGGACUACGAAAUCAAAUUCUUCACGCCGGAGGAGGAUGGCGGCACAAAGUGGUACACACCUAUGGGUCGACCGGCGUAUAUGAAGGGGUCGAACCGACACGACGGGGCUGGCGACGGGCCGCCUUCCCCAGCUCGUGAACACAAGGUAUCGGAGAGCAGCCCGAUCCUGCAAAAACCUCGUGCGACAACGAACGUACCGAGGAAAAGGGGCCGUCCAAGGAAAAAUCCAAUUCCCAAGGACGAGGAUGUCGAUAUGUUGUAUAACGAAGCUUAGGCUCCACGUCGAUAUGAUGCAUGACGAACUUGGACUCUACGUCGAUAUCUCCCUAUGCUCUUUCUUUCUUUUUUGGGUUUCUUGGUUUGCUGUGCAUUCCAUGCUUGCUUGCAUUUUGUGAUCAGCUCUUACUUGCUUGUGUAACCACCGAUCAAACGCGAAUCUCAUUGAAAUU